CAACUACCAAACCACCAACAGCAGCGGCGCACACCACAUCAACAUCAUCGGCCAGUAUCGCCUGCGCAACGCCUCCAUCCGAGCCAUGGUGGCGCUGUUCCAUGAGACGAUCUUUGACCACGCGGCCGUCACACCUCACUCCUAUCUGUUCAAUUGGCUCAGCAAUGUACUGGGGCACGAUGACCAGAAG